GAAAAUUACACCGCAUCUAAAGUCCACGCGUUUGUCAAACGUAAUUUAGACGACCAACGGACAUGCCGCAUUUAACAGACCUCGUGGGAGUGACUAUUUCGCGCGUUUUCCCAAUUUCCCUGGCAAUUAGACCGGGCUCUAUGUACUACACACUACUGCAGUAGUACUACUACUUCCUCUACUACGCAGUAUUUCCUAUUACUGCGCGUCUUUUGUUCCCAGCGCGUAUCGCCGCGCAGCUUUCCGCGAAGCGAAGCCCGAGAGCAGCGGAACAACCACCCACCCCCCCACACACACAUGCCACCCAAGAGAGCGGCUGAAGGAGCGACAACACAGCAGCCAUUUAAAAUGAUCAAAAUCGGAGCGGAGACGCAAGACGUCGGCUGUGACCCCUCGGAGGAAAAGUACCGCUUAGCCGAAGGUCCCAGUUAUUCGCCUCUAGCCAACCACGAGGGUGAACACAUUGGCUUUGAAGAGGAAAACGACCCGAGUCCCGGGAUCAGAACGGACACGAUAAGUCUCCUCAUGAAAAUAGAGCAACUGCAAGCCGAGCUCAAGUAUGAACGCAGGUGUAGAGUGCUGGCCGAGAGGGAAUUGAGGGAACUCAAAGAGAUGAACAGCCUCAUGCUGCAGAUGAGACACACGGCACAUGAGCUCCGAGUUACUCUGGAUCACGUCCAGCAUGGGAAUGAUGGAUCGCAGGGCAGUGGGGAAGGAACUGUAUCUUUCAUUCCAAACCAUGAGGCAGAAAUGAGAAUACCUCAUCAAAUCUCAGAGGAGGACAGCAACUAUCUAUAUCUGUCAGAGGGUCUGCGUGUCCCCAGGAACCUCUACGAGCGCAUCGCAGAGAUCACAGACUUCAAAAAAUACACUUCAGCACUGUUAAUGAUGCUUUUUGACAGAGAAACCCUUGCCACACACUCUUUGCAAGGUCGCCGGACCAGCGCCACUGGAGAUGAUUGCCAAAAGCCACAACUCCCACCGGAAAUCUUGAGCAAUAUUAUUGAUCACGUGGGACAGAAGUUUGGAGUGGAUAGCAGCCAAAUAAAAACUGCGAUCCGAACAAAACUGAAUAAUGAAGACAAACUAUUGAAAAAAAGGAUGGGAGUGGGAUUGGUUAAAGCUGAAAACAAUACUGCAGGUUUUGAUCAAAGCUCUGGGUAAACAUUUACAAUUUUUAGAUUUAAAACCAUCUGAUAGAAAACAAUGACUAUCCUUGAUAGUUGUGAUGUAAAUAAAACUUUUUGUGUUCUGUUAGUCAGUAGCAUUCAUUCACUGCACAAAGGUAUGCCUUGUAGGUUGCCCGUUUUGGUAUCAGUAUAUUUAGUAUGUUUGGUAGAUAAUGACAUGUAGCAGGUUUAGUUACCUUGGUACCCAAGUGAGUAGUGAAACAUGCAAUUUAAAUUUUCGAAAAUCCUUAAAUGACCAAGUAAGUAACUGUUUAUCAAUCACAGUUUCAUUUAUUGGGAAAACUGAAUAUCCAUCCUUUGUCAGAAGUUUCCGGUCAGCCAGUCUGUAAUUAUUGAAUCAAGGGGAUUCGUUUAACACUGUGUCUGUGCAUUUUGUUCACACUUUCACUUUGUUUAAUGCAACUGCAAAAUAUUUUUGGAUUAUCUGGCCCUCUGUUGCCACGAAUACCUGUCACAGCACCUUUUUUUUUUGUUUGAUGUAAAAUUCAUCCCCGAGGGGGAAAUUUCCCCGGUUUCCCCUCGGGGGAUGGAUGAAUAAAGUCUUCUGAUUCUGAUUCUGAUGUGUUUUAGUGCCCUAAGGCCCAAUAAACU